AUGGCGCCCUAUCUGAUGCGAGUCGCCCGCCGUGGGACAACGAUAAAUAACUCAGCGCUGAGCCACAGCGCCAGGUUCAUCCCGGGCGCACUCCCGAGGGGAACCCCAUCCACCCGCGCAAGGUCAUCCAAUCCUUUGCUUGGCGUUUGCAAUUCCUCCAACAAGAAAAGCUGGGGUGAUCUGAAUCUGGGGGAUAAACACGGGGACCCGAUGUCCCAGCCGGUUUCGGCCGGGCAGGGACCAUUCUUGCAUCCAACACCCGGGGGGGGGCAAACAUAUGGAACUCGGAUGACGGGGACGGAGAAGUGUGCUGAUUCCCACAUCUUUUCAUGUGUGCCUGGGUCUUUUGGGGGCUCAGUAGCCAACCACCUACCUCCCUCUGCUCACCCGCCUUUUCCCAUUUGUCAAUUUGAUUUUGUGGGUGUGAGAGAAGGAAAAAGGAAGCCGCCUAUCCUUCGGACCUAUACUCUUGCUAGCCUUGCCUGGGGUUUACGGAAGUACAUAUACGAGACUAGGUUGACAUCUUCCUCUCUGCUUGAAGGCCGGACCUCGCGUUCUUCUUUCUCACAUUCUCCUCGAAAAGUCACGGUCGUUUGUGUGUUUUUACACCAAGGGAAAAGCACACACGCGCUCUCUCUCUCUCUCUCUUGUUGUCUUAUAUCACACACUACAUUCUUUCUCUUACAAGAACUGUUUGAUCUGAUCCAACCAAUCACUCUCUUACAUUUUGUGCCCAUUGCAGACGUCUCGGGACUCGCUCCAGCCCCGCCAUUGACUGCUACUACCCCGCUAUCGUCGGCUGCUGCUCGUUGCGCAGGUCGCUGCUUUUCGUCCAUCACUUCUACCGGCAAAAGAGUCGGAGUCAUCCCGGUCGCUGCCACUGCCGCCGUCGUUAUGGGUCAACUCUCGAACCAAUCUCAAUCGCAACAACAGCAACAAGUUCGCAACAUGGCGUCUUCAUCCACACCAUCGUCGUCGGGUAGACGACUAAAUAUGAACAACAUCAACCCCCACGUCAAGGCUGCCAAGUAUGCCGUGCGUGGCGAGCUCGCCGUCAAGUCGGAGGAGUAUAGGGCGUACCUCCAGGGCGGGAUGACGGACCUGCCGUUUUCAGAGGUUAUUUCGGCCAACAUUGGUAAUCCUCAACAGCUGGAUCAGAAGCCUAUUACGUUUUUCAGACAGGUGCUCAGUUUGUUGGAGAACCCCGUGUUGUUGGAGAAGGAGGAUGUGCUUAUUGAGCAUUUGGGGUACAAGAAGGAUGUGAUUGAGCGGGCGAAGAAGCUGCUCAAGGUGGUGGGAUCGGUGGGUGCGUACAGCGCCAGUAACGGUGUGCCUGCCAUUAGGCAGAGUAUUGCCGAUUUCCUAGAGAGGAGAGAUGGCUUCCCCGCCUCUCAAUCCGACAUUUACCUCUCGGCCGGUGCGUCUUCCGGUGUCAACACCCUCCUCCACGUCCUCUGCCAGGACUCCAACACGGGCAUCCUCGUCCCUAUCCCCCAGUACCCAUUGUAUACCGCCUCCCUCGCCGUCCUGGACGCCCACUGCGUCGAAUACCACCUUGACGAGUCGAAGAACUGGGGAACCGACCUCGAGAUCAUCAAGUCUUCGUACGAAGCCGCCAAAGCCAAGGGCAUCGACGUCCGUGCCAUUGUCAUUAUCAACCCGGGCAACCCCACCGGCGCUUCCUUGUCAGAAUCCGACAUUCGCUCUGUGAUUGAUUUCGCCCGCCAGGAAAGACUAGUCAUCCUUGCCGACGAGGUCUACCAAACCAACGUUUUCAUCGGGGAGUUUGUCUCCUUCAAAAAGGUGCUGAGGACCCUCCAAAAGGAGCGUCCAAACGACGGGUUUGACCAGGUGGAGCUCGCGUCGCUGCACUCGGUGUCAAAGGGCAUGGUGGGCGAGUGCGGGCACAGGGGGGGGUACUUUGAGCUGGUCAACUUUGACCCGGACGUGCAGCAGGAGAUUUACAAGUUUGUGUCCAUUAUGCUCUGCGCCCCGGUCAUUGGGCAGUGUCUGGUGGACCUGAUGGUCAACCCGCCCCGGCCCGGGGAGGAGAGCUAUGAGCUUUACAAGAAGGAGUAUGACGCUAUUUAUGACGGGUUGAAGGAGAGGGCGACGGCGCUGCACAAGGCUUUUGAGCAGAUGGAGGGGGUGGAAUGCGGGAGUCCGCAGGGGAGCAUGUAUUUGUUUCCUACCAUCAACCUCCCUGAAAAGGCGGCCGAGGCGGCGAAGAAGGAGGGGAGGACCCCGGAUGAGUUUUACUGUUUGAGGCUGCUCGAGGCGACGGGGGUUUGUGUCGUUCCCGGGAGCGGGUUUGGGCAGAGGGAGGGGAGCUUGCAUUUUAGGACGACAUUUUUGGCACCGGGGACGGAGUGGGUGGGGAGUAUUGUCAAGUUUCAUAGGGAGUUUAUGGAGAAGUAUCGUUAG